AUGGCGGCCUCCUCAUCAUCCGCCAUACCCAGGUUCCUGCUGCCCCAGUCCGGGCGCAUCUGGCGGCGGGCAAACCUCGGCAUCCACGACCGCCGCCAAAUUUCAGACCCUGUCCUGCGGAUAGUGCGAUAUGCAUCCGCGUCCAGCAAAGGCGCGAAGGAGCCAGGCGAGCCUAUCGUCCUAGAACAACCAACGAGGUUCAACCCGCCGUCGCACGGAGCUCGUUUACCUAGGAAGGAUCGUCCCCAGCAACAACACUAUGGCGGAUCUUUGUCCAGCGAGGAGGUUUCCUCCCAGAGGAGGAGAGAAUACCCCGGCCUGAUGGCCCCCCAGGGCACCUGGGCGCAUUGGUUCUGGAACAGCCAGGGUCUCCAUCUGUCCAUCACUUUGGGCACCUUGGCCAGCCUGGCCAUCUUCGUGGCCGCCGAGAGCUUCAAGAGCAACACGCCCUUCGCCGACAUGCUCCCCGAGAGGUCUGACUUUUGGGAGCACCCCAUCGUGUCACUGCACACCACGUACGACGUCUGGCGGCUGACCCAGCUCCACAACUCGGCCAUCGUCGCCCAGAAGCGCAAGAAGAACGUCGACGACGUAGUCAAGCGCGCCGAGUACCGCAAGGCGCACGGCCUGGAGAAGGAGGGCGGGUUUGGGAAUUGGACGGCCAAGGAGGACCCGCAGUCGCCGCAGGCCGAGCCGGGGAAGAGGGAGAAGUGGCUCGGGAUCUUCUGA